UCGCCCCGCACUGCCCGCACCGCUCCCGCACCGCUCCCGCCGCCGGCGGCCGCCGCGGCGAUGGUGACUCGGGCCGCCCGCAGCCCCGCAGGUUGAUGAAGAGGGAGUGCUGUGACCCCCUGCCCGUGACAGUCAUUUCAGGGCCCCCGGGCGGGCUGUGAGCGCGGCCGGCGGUGGCGGUGGCGGUGCGGGUGCCGGCCGCCCGCCGCGCCGCACGGAGCAUGCCUCUGAGCCCCGCCGGCAGCCAGCAUGAGAGCCCCGACUCGCCGCCGCCGGAGCCGCUGCCGGAGCGCCAGCCCCGCGCCGCCGCCGCCGGGGAGCCGAGCGCCGGCCUGCGGGAGGAGACGCGGCUCGACCCGGCCCGGGGCCCCGCCGGGCCCCGCUCCCCCAAGCUGGCGGCCCCGGCGCGCAUGGAGGAGCCCGCGCCCGGCGCCAUCGUCGUCCGCAUCGGCAUCCCCGACCUGCAGCAGACGAAGUGUCUCCGGCUGAACCCCGACGUCCCCGUGUGGGUGUCCAAGCAGCGCAUCCUGUGCACCCUGAACCACAGCCUGAAGGAUGUGCUCAACUACGGGCUCUUCCAGCCGGCCUUCAACGGCAGGGCCGGCAAGUUCCUGGACGAGGAGCGGCUGCUGCGGGAGUACCCCCUGAACCCCGACACGCCCGUGCCCUACCUGGAGUUCCGGUACAAGCGCCGUGUGUACACCCAGGCCCUGCUGGAUGACAAGCAGUUUGCCAAGCUCCACACCAAGGCGAACCUGAAGAAGUUCAUGGAGUACGUGCAGAUGUUGAACGCGGAGAAGGUCUGCAGGCUCCUGGAGAAGGGACUGGACCCCAACUUCCAUGAUCCGGAUACUGGAGAGUGUCCCCUGACGGCGGCGGCGCAGCUGGAGCUCAGCUCCGAGAUGAUCAAGGCCCUGCGGAACGGGGGAGCCCACCUGGAUUUCCGGACGCGGGAGGGGAUGACGGCCCUGCACAAGGCCGUGCGCUGCCGCAACCACGCCGCGCUGCUGACACUGCUGGACCUGGGAGCGUCCCCGGACUACAAGGACAGCCGGGGGCUGACGCCCCUGUACCACAGUGCCAUGGUGGGGGGGGACCCGUACUGCUGCGAGCUCCUGCUGCACGACUACGCCCGGCUCGGCUGCGUGGACGAGAACGGCUGGCAGGAGAUCCACCAGGCCUGUCGCUACGGCCACGUCCAGCACCUGGAGCACCUCCUGUUCUACGGGGCCGACAUGACUGCCCAGAACGCCUCAGGAAACACCGCCCUGCACAUCUGUGCCCUCUACAACCAGGAGAGCUGUGCCCGGGUGCUCCUCUUCCGUGGUGCCAGCAAGGAGAUUCGGAACUACAACAGCCAGACGGCGUUCCAGGUGGCCAUCAUCGCGGGGAACUUCGAGCUGGCCGAGAUCAUCAAAACCCACAAAGAGUCCGAUGUUGUGCCUUUCCGAGAGACGCCAAGCUACACGAAGCGGCGGCGGAUCCUGGGCGGCGGCGGCCUGGCGUCCCCGCGCCUGCUGCAGCGCUCGGCCAGCGACAACAACCUGAAGGCCGAGAGCCGCGCGUCCUACUCGCCGGUGCCGUCGCUGCGCAGCCUCCCGCCCCAGCUGCUGGUGCAGAUGCAGGAGGCGGCGGCCGGGGUGGUGGUGGCGGCGGGGGACGGCGGCCUGGCCGGCUCGGGCAGCGCCCGCAGCGCCCACAGCCGCUCGCCCUCCCUGCAGCGCGUGCAGGAGGAGAAGGAGGCCGACCUGCCCACGCUCCGCAGGAGCAGCCGCGGCAAGGCCAGCCCCGGCGGCCCGGCCGGGCCCCCCGGCCCCGGAGCCGAGCCCGCGCCGCACGCCGCGCCCGCCCCGCUGCGCGGGCCCAAGCGGAAGCUGUACAGCGCCGUGCCCGGCCGCAAGUUCAUCGUGGUGAAGAGCUACGCGCCGCAGGGCGAGGGCGAGAUCCAGCUCAACCGCGGAGAAGCCGUCAAGGUGCUGAGCAUCGGCGAAGGCGGGUUCUGGGAAGGCACCGUGAAGGGCAGGACUGGCUGGUUCCCAGCAGAAUGUGUGGAGGAGGUGCAGAUGAGACAAUAUGACUCCCGGCAAGAAACCAGAGAAGACAGAACCAAGCGGCUCUUCCGACAUUAUACUGUGGGCUCUUACGACACCUUCACCUCUCACAGUGACUACAUCAUUGAGGAGAAGACGGCCGUGCUGCAGAAGAGGGAGCAUGAGGGAUUCGGGUUUGUAUUGCGAGGGGCCAAAGCUGAGACCCCGAUCGAGGAGUUCACCCCGACCCCGGCCUUCCCAGCGCUCCAGUACCUGGAAUCAGUGGACGUGGAAGGGGUCGCUUGGAGAGCGGGGCUGCGCACGGGGGACUUUCUGAUCGAGGUGAAUGGUGUGAACGUGGUGAAGGUGGGGCACAAGCAGGUGGUGUCCCUGAUCCGGCAAGGGGGGAACCACCUGGUGAUGAAGGUCGUGUCCGUCAGCCGCAAGCCCGAGUCGGAGGAAGUGGUUCGGAAGAAGGCUCCGCCGCCUCCCAAGAGAGCGCCCAGCACCACCCUGACGCUGCGGUCCAAGUCCAUGACGGCCGAGCUGGAGGAGCUGGCCUCCAUGCGGAGAAGGAAAGGGGAGAAGCUGGAUGAGAUCCUGGCGGCCGCGGAGCCGGCGCUGAGGGCGGAUAUCGUGGAAGCAGAUUCCAGGGCAGCCACUGUGAAACAGAGACCAACCAGCCGGAGGAUCACCCCUGCAGAGAUCAGUUCCCUCUUUGAACGCCAGGGCAUGGCAGCACACUCGGGGGUCCUGGCGGGAGCUGAGAAGCCCCACGUUUCCCUGCGCAAAGGAAUUCCACGGACAAAAUCCGUAGGUGAAGACGAGAAACUUGCUGCUUCUUUGCUCGACGGGAAGUUUCCCCGGAGCACAUCCAUGCAAGACACUGUUAGGGAAGGACAUGGGAUUCCACCGCCGCCCCAAACAGCCCCACCCCCGCCUCCUUCUCCAUAUUACUUCGACACAGGCCCCCCUCCAUCCUUCUCGCCACCCCCGCCCCCGGGAAGAGCUUACGACACCAUCAGGUCGAGCUUUAAGCCCAGCCUGGAGGCCAAGCUGCACGGCCUCCCGCAGGUCAUCAGCGCGGCCGAGAUGUACGACCAGGCCAGGACGUCCAUCCCUUACCCCGAGCGGCAGAAGAGGGCCCGAUCCAUGAUAAUCCUCCAGGAUUCCUCUCACCUCCCCGUGGAGCCCACGGAGAUCCCCCGGCCCGGCCCGUCCGCCACCCCCCCGGAGAAGCUGAAGCGGAAGGGGAGGGUCAUCGACAACCCCUACGCCAACAUGGGGCAGUUCAACGUGAGCCUGUUCGCGCCCACCAAGCCACAGAGGAAGAAGAGCCCGCUGGUGAAGCAGCUGCAGGUGGAGGACGCGCAGGAGCGGGCGGCGCUGGCCAUCACCGGCGGCUUCAGCAGGGAGCCCUCGCCCACCCGCCGGGGCCACCGCCUGGGCGGGGUGGAGUACCAGCACCACGCCGGCAUCGCUCAGGUCGAAGCCACAGGCAUCCCCUUUGCCACUGCCAUCGCUGGCGUCAUGAAGGACCGAGACCGUCGCCUGGAUGAGAGGCGGAAAUCCACUGUCUUCCUCUCGGUCGGGGCCAUCGAGGGGACGCCCCCCCCGCCCAGCGAGAUGCCGUCCCUGCAGCAGUCCAGGUCCAUCGAUGAGCGGUUGUUAGGAAGCCGAGAUGUUCUACUGCCUUCCCCCGUCUCAGCUUUAAAGCCAUUAAUUAGCAGCUCAUCCUCAACGUUCAUCCACCCCCUCACGGGAAAGCCCCUGGAUCCGAACUCCCCACUGGCGCUUGCGCUGGCCGCAAGGGAACGGGCCCUGUCCACCCAAGUCCCAUCCCGGUCGCCCACCCCGAUCCACAGCCCCGACUCAGACAGAGCAGCACCCCUGUUCGUGGACAUCCAAACCAAAGAACCAGAGAGGGGCGACUUGGAGAGCUUGGUGUCCCCCGCGUACUCCCCCGGAGGCAAAGGAGUGAUCGGAGCGAUCGGAGCGAUCGGAGCGGACUCUGGGACUUUGGCCCCCGCCAAGAGCCCCUGGGGGACUCCGUCCACACUGAGGAAAGAGACCGAGGCCCGAGCGGAGACCCCGGGGAAGGAGGAGAAGAAACCGGAGGACAAGAAGUCCAUGAUCAUCAGCAUCGUGGACACGUCGCAGCAGAAGACCGCCGGCCUCAUCAUGGUCCACGCCACCAGUAAUGGCCAAGACGAGAUAGGACUUGAGAUAAAAGAGGAGACCCCGGCCGUCCCCGAAGUCUGCACGGAGCCGGCCGAGCCCCCCAAGGCAGAGCCCCAGCCCAGCCCUGUGGGGAAGCCUCCGGUCAGUCCCGCCGCCGACAAGGCGCUGGGCCAGGGGAGCUCGGAGGAGGAGGUGGAGCCCUACACGGUCACGCUCCCGCCGGCCCAGCUGUCCUCCAGCGACGAGGAGACCAGGGAGGAGCUGGCCAAGAUAGGGCUGGUGCCUCCCCCGGACGAGUUUGCAAACGGGGUCCUGGUGACCACCCCCGGCACACCCGUGAGCCACCUGGCUACGCCCAGCACGCCAUCCAUACCAGCGGCAGCAGUAGCACCUUCUACCACUGGCGGAACACCCUCAGGGAAGCCCUCCGACGCCCCCGCAGCCCCGGAGUCCGCCGCGGACUCGGGAGUGGAAGAGGUGGACACCAGAAGUUCGAGCGACCAUCACCUGGAGACCACAAGCACCAUCUCCACGGUCUCCAGCAUGUCUACGUUGUCCUCAGAGAGCGGGGAGCCCACCGACACGUACACUUCCUUUGCGGAUGGACAAACUUUUAUACUCGAGAAGCCACCAGUGCCUCCAAAGCCAAAACUCAAGUCCCAGCUCAGCAAGGGGCCAGUUACUUUCAGGGACCCACUUUUGAAGCAGUCUUCGGACAGCGAGCUCAUCUCCCAGCAACAUGCGGCCACGCUGGCGUCCGCCAGCAUCGGCCGGCCACGCUACCUCUUUCAGAGAAGGUCCAAGCUAUGGGGGGACCCCAUGGAGAGCAGGCCCAUCCAUGGGGCUGACGAUGACAAGCCAACUGUGAUCAGUGAGCUAAGUUCCCGACUCCAGCAGCUGAACAAGGAUACACGAUCACUGGGGGAGGAACCGGCCGGGUCCACCUUAGAUCCCGGGAAGAAGUCGCCGGUGGUCGCGGCACGACGGGCUUCCACGGAAGGACGUUUGACCAGAGGGACUGAGAAAGAGGCCAAGAAAGACUGAGAAUGGGAACGUGAGGUCAGAGUUGAGGAACUGCUGGAGGCAGUGUUGGUUCCAUCCCCCCGGGACCGGGACGAGGCACACCAGCGUGCCCAGGCUGAGAGGGGCUCGCCUGGCACAGCCCCUGCACGGUCCUCACCGGUGGUGACAGUGACAGCAGAGCAGAGGGACAACCUCCUUUGGGCCUGUCCUUGGGAAGGAGUGAUGGCCCCUGUGUGGGGACACACGGACUCGGCUCUGCUGGAGCUGCCCCGGCAGUGUGAGGCCGACAGCACCUUCUUCCUGUUUAACGUGGAAUCACAGAGCCAUUGAGGUUGGAAAAGCCCUCUGAGCCCGUCAAACCCCACCCAGCACUGCCAAGGCCACCACUGACCCCUGUCCCCAAGUGUCACAUCCACAGGGCUUGGAAAUCCCUCCAGGCAUGGGGACUCCACCCCUGCCCUGGGCAGCCCAUUCCAGUGCUUUACAAUCCUUUGGGGGAAGGAAUUUCCCCAGGAUCCAACCUGACCCUCCCCUGGCCCAGCCUGAGGCCUUUCCUCUUGUCCUGUCCCUUGUUCCCCGGGAGCAGAGCCCGACCCCCCCCGGCUCCCCCCUCCUGGCAGGGGUUUGUAGAGCAGUGACGGAUCCUGGAAGAUCCAGCCCGCUGAGCUGUGGGAGAGGGAUGAGGUGUCCCGGUGUCUGUGGCUGCUCUGGAGCCCAUCCGGGGUGGCAGGAGCUGAUCCCGAGCAGUGGGAGCCGAUCCCAGGCAGGGGGAACCGAUCCCAGGCAGGGGGAACCGAUCCCAGGCAAUGGGAGCUGAUCCCGAGCACAGGGAGUCGAUCACAAGCCAUGAGGGUUGAUCCCAAGCCCCGGGAGCCGAUCCCAAGCCAUGGGGGUUGAUCCCAAGCCCUGGGAGCCGAUCCUGGGCAGGGGAGCUGAUCCCAGGCAGGGGGAGAAGAUCCCAGGCAAUGGGAGUCAAUCCCAAGCCUUGGGAGCUGAUCCUGGGCAGGGGAGCCGAUCCCAAGCCAUGGGGGCCGAUCCCAAGCCAUGGGGGCCGAUCCCAAGCCCUGGGAGCCGAUCCUGGGCAGGGGAGCUGAUCCCAGGCAGGGGGAACUGAUCCCAGGCAAUGGGAGUCAAUCCCAAGCCCUGGGAGCUGAUCCCCAGCCCCGGGAGCCGAUCCUGGGCAGGGGGAGCUGAUCCCAAGCCCCAGGAGCCGAUCCUGGGCAGGGGGAGCCGAUCCCAAGCCCCGGGAGCUGAUCCUGGGCAGGGGGAGCCGAUCCCAAGCCAUGGGGGUCGAUCCCAAGCCCCGGGAGCUGAUCUUGGGCAGGGGGAGCUGAUCCCCAGCCCCGGGAGCCGAUCCUGGGCAGGGGGAGCUGAUCCCAAGCCCCAGGAGCUGAUCCUGGGCAGGGGGAGUCAAUCCCCAGCCCUGGGAGCCGAUCCUGGGCAGGGGGAGCCGAUCCCGAGCCCCGGGAGCUGAUCCUGGGCAGGGGGAGCUGAUCCCAAGCCCCGGGAGCUGAUCCUGGGCAGGGGAGCUGAUCCCAAGCCCCGGGAGCUGAUCCUGGGCAGGGGAGCUGAUCCCCAGCCCCGGGAGCUGAUCCUGGGCAGGGGAGCCGAUCCCGAGCCCCGGGAGCCGCGCGAGGUGCCCGCGGCGCAGCGGGUCCGUUGUGUGACAUCCGUGUCCCCAAUAAAGCUGACGCUGACGACUGA